AUGAGUUCCGCCGACGAGGCUUCUGUUCAUGGGGACAGUUUUAGCCAGGAGGGUGGGAAGCCCGCAGGCGUCCGUCCUGAAGGUCGUGGGGCCCCAAGAGGUCGGGGUCGGGGCCGGAGCCGGGGCCGGGGUCGGGGUCGGGGCCGGGGCCGGGGCCGGGGCCGGGCCAGGGGCCAGGGCCUUGAGUUGGGGCCGCCGCGGAGCGGGGAGGGCGAGGGCGGCCGCCCAGACCCCGAGGCCUAUGAGCUGGAGUUGGAGGCCCCGUGGGACGAGGAAGAGGAGGGAGGGGCGGUGUUUAGGGGCCGCCAAGGCAGGCCUGGCUCCUCUGCUGACGAGAAGGGGGAUGCUCUGGACUUGGUGCCCCACCUCGCUCUGGAGUCUGCGGCCAUCGUGCAGGAGCUGAUGGGCCGGGAGCCCCGGGGCACCCGCAGAUACCCGUCCCCGGAAAGCUUCGCCACCGAACUGUCUGCCAUUUGGGCGAACGCAGAGGCAGGCUUCAGCGCGAGAGGCGCGCUGGCCCCCAGCUGCGUGGAAGCACAGCAGGCCUCUGCCACCCCUCUGAGCCACCCCAGUGGGCCCGAGGGGGGCCGGGCCUGGGGGAAGGCCAAGAGAGGCACCAAAAGUAGGAUGACGGGCAGCGGGGAAGGCCAGCGGCCCUCUUCCGACUCCGAGUCUUCAGAUGAGUCCAGUGAGAUACAGCCGAUGAGGGGCAUUUGCCCCAAAGGAGGAGGCCAGGCCUGGUCCAGCAGCCCCAGGGAACCUGGAGGCCCCACUGGACACUCGAGUGUGAGCGUUCGUAGCAGGGAGAUUUUCCUUCACAUGCCUGGCCCUCUGCCUACCUCCACUCCCAGAGGACUCAACUCAGCCUCAGCAGAGCUGGAAGCUGGCUCCUCCAAGAAAAUGCAAAGUGUGCUCUGGAGCAAGGGAGGGAGCAGGCCCCGCUUCCCAGGAGCUCCUGCUGCUGCUGCUGCUGCUGUUGCUGCUGGGGCCCUGCCCAAGGCCACUCCUAAGAAGAAGGUCUUCCAGGAGAAGAAAUCCCUGGGGGGUGGCUCAAAAGUUAGCCUGGGCAGGGCCUUCCCUUCAUGGGGGCAGAGACUCAAGUCAACUCCCCUGGAACCAGCCACGUUCCCCACAAUCUUGGGGGUUCCACUGCUUGGGAGAUCCAAGAGGUAUUCCUUGCUGCCCCUGGGGACCAAACAGUCCAAACACAGUGGCACUGGGAAGAGGUCUAUAGCCCAGAAGACACAGGAGUUCCAGCCUGUUGCCAGGGAAGAUUAUGACCCAAGUAGAGAUGCAGUCCCUCUGGCCCAAUGUGUGGUUCUACAGAAAGAGAGAGAUGACCUCAAAGAGCAACUAGUCAUGCAGUCCCUUGCGGAUAAGUUCCAGGCCCUUGCAAGUUACAGCCAGCAUCUUCGGACAAGGUGA